AUGGAUGGUUUGGAUGAAUUCGAGAAGAGUUUGGCAGUGGAAAAGGCAGAGAGGGAAAGGAGUUCGCGCAAAGAUAAGGAUCGAAAACAACGACAUAAUCAUAGGUCACGGCACCACAGGUCUAGGGAGGACGAUGACGAAGAUAGAGAUGAUCACCGACAUAAACGAUCGAGGCAUUCCAGACACGACGAAGAAGAUGAUGAUAGAAGAAAGCGCAAUCAUGAGAAGUCAUCGGAUCCCAAGGAAGAUUUACCAAUUCCGGAUGAAGAGGAAGUAGAAGCUCGACCGAAAGUUUCUCGCGAUUCUUGGAUGACGGACCCUGCAGCUUUCGAAUUCGAUUAUACACAGAAAGGAUCUAAGAAGUCUACAGAGCCUAAAGUUGCACCUAGACCAGAUUAUGAUUUAAAGAUCCAUAAAAACGAACUCAAUCAUCAUCUACAAGAUCUAAAUGAAGGGGCCAAAAGGCUGGACGAUAUCGAAGCAGAUGAUGAAGUCGAUUACACAUUUGGAGAUUCAGGAGCCCAAUGGCGAAUGACCAAGCUAAAGGCAGUACAUACUCAGGCUGAACAAAGUGGGAAAUCCGUCGACGAAAUAGCUAUAGCACGAUUUGGAGGUCUACGUGAAUUUGAUGAUGCGCGAGAGGAACAAAUUGAGCUUGACCGCCGAAGACUCUAUGGAGAAGGUUAUGUUGGAAAAGAGAAGCCUAGUGGAGAGCUCUUUCAGGAGAGAAAGUCUAAUUUGGGUAUUAGAAGAGGUUCGAUACCACAACAUGAUGAGCCAGCGGAUCUACCACAAGGGGAAAUUAUGGAAGAAAUAAACGCACCCUCUGUUCAGCUCGAUGCCACGGCCCUAAAUCGAUUGAAGGCUCAAAUGAUGAAAGCAAAGCUCAAGAAAUCACCCGACGCUGCGAGACUGGAGGCUGAAUACAAUGCUGCAGCUUCCGCCGGAUCAGUAAUUACUUCAGAACCUGGUGUUGUAGUUUUGGGUAAGAUGGAUAAUAGAAUGUUGGCGGGGACUCGAGGAGAGGUGAAGUCGAUCGAGAACAAGAGGGGACGCGAAAGGGGUCUAGUGGAAGAGAACGAAGAUAUGACUAUCGAAGAUAUGGUGCGUGAAGAACGACGGACGAAAGGACAAGCAGGUGGUGACAGUAUGCGUUCCGCUGAACGCAUCGCCAAAGAUGCCAAAUUUGACACUGACCUCGACUACAUGGACGAUAACGCAAAGCAGCUUGCGAAACGCGUACAAAAGUCCGAAGUCAACUUGAGGAAUACAGCAAUAGGAGAUUUCCAAAAAAUGAAUCGCAUCCUGGACUCCUGCCAAUUGUGUCAUCAUGAAGACAAAAACCAACCUCCCGUUGCGCCGCUAGUAUCUCUGGCUACACGAGUCUAUCUAACGCUCCCGACAGAGCCGGAACUGAGUGAUGGUGGAGCCGUCAUUGUACCCAUUCAGCACCGGACAAACCUCCUCGAAUGCGACGAUGAUGAGUGGGAGGAGAUUAGGAAUUUCAUGAAAUGUCUAACACGCAUGUAUCAUGAUCAAGGACGAGAUGUAGUAUUUUACGAAAAUGCCGCAACACCACACCGAAAGAUGCACGCAGCCAUGCAGGCGGUACCACUGCCCUAUAGCCUAGGGGAAACCGCUCCAGCAUUCUUUAAAGAAGCCAUCCUAUCUUCGGAUGAAGAGUGGUCACAACAUAAGAAGCUCAUCGACACGGCAGCACGCGCGCGAGACGGUCUUGGGAAACUAGCCUUUCGCCGAUCGAUCGCUAAGGAAAUGCCCUAUUUCCACGCUUGGUUUGACCUAGAUGGUGGCUUGGGACAUGUAGUAGAAGACGCCAAUCGUUGGCCCAAGGGAGAUCUUUUUGCGAGAGAAAUUAUCGGCGGCAUGUUGGAUAUUGAGCCUGAUGUUGUUAAACGACAGGGCCGGUGGAUUCAAGGGAGGGAUAAAAGAUUGGAGGGCUUUAGGAAUCGCUGGAAGAAAUUUGACUGGACUAGGGUGCUUACGAAUGAGUGA